AUGAACAACGACCAAUUUCGCAAGCUGAUUGCAGCGAAGUCGCCCAAAGAGUCUUCCAGCAGCAAUGGCGCAUCGCCAGCUGCACCUCGCGCUGUUGCGCUUGGUUCUAGGCAGAGAUCGAGCAUACCGAUGACGCCAAGGUCUGUAGGUGUCAGUCAUUCCGAUUUCCAGCGACAGCUCGCCGAGCGAAAUCAAGCACAACGUCCACAACAACAAAAAUUCAAAACAUCCGCACCAAAGGGAAGCAAGCUCGCGCAAGGUUACACAGACCGAACAAAACAACGCGAUGACGAGGAAGCGGACGACAGAGCUGUGCGCCUCAAGGCGCUCGAAGAAGCUCUCAAGAAAGAGGAAAUCGACCAAGCGACAUACGACAGCCUCCGAGUCCGAAUAGCGGGCGGCGAUCUUGAAAGUACACAUUUGGUGAAAGGUCUGGACUUCAAACUCCUGGAGAGGAUACGCAAAGGCGAGGAUGUUUACGGCAAUAAGACUUCGGAAAAUGGCGACGCCGGUGCCGACGAGCCAGAGGACGUGGACGACGUCCUGGAUCAGCUGGAAGAAAGCAAUGUUGAGGUUGUUAUGCGAGAGUCAUCCAAGAAGCAGGGUCAGGUUGCGAGUGGAGCGGCCCUGAAGCCCGGUCAAAAGCGCUCGAGGGCCAUGAUUUUGGCAGAAAUGAAAGCGGCGCGGGAAGCUGCCAAAGCCCAGGAACAGUCUGCCCUUGGCUCAAAAUUCAAAAAGAUUGGCGACAAGACCCCAGGGUCGCGCAUUGAGAGAGACAGCAAAGGCAGGGAAGUUCUCAUCAUUGUCGAUGAAGAUGGCAACGAAAAACGCAAAGUACGCAAAAUCCAAACACCACAAGAUGCAGAGGAGGAGGCCAAAGCAAGAGAAUCGUUUGUGCCGGACAAGAACGCAAAACCGCUGGGAAUGGAGGUACCGGAUAUUUACAAACAGAAAGCCAUCGAGUCGGAGGAUGAUAACGACGACAUAUUUGACGGUGUAGGGGAUGAUUAUGAUCCCCUCGCUGGCCUAGAUGAGGACGACUCCGACGAUGACGAGGCUCCAGGCUCCAAGAAGCCCGUCAAGUUGCCGUCAGAAGAGGACAAGACGGCUAACGACAAGGAUAUGCCACCGCCACCUAAACCCGCACCUGCAAGUGGUCCGCGCAACUAUUUCAAAGAUUCGAAAACAGAAUUGGCUUCAGCCCAAACCCUCCAAGCACCAUCCAUGUCUGACCCGGCUAUCCAAGCUGCUCUCAAGAAGGCGGCGUCACUCAAUCGCAGGCCGGCCGAGGAAGAUGACGAGGAAGCCAAAGCAAAGGCAGAACGCCACAAACGAAUGCUGCAGAGCGUCGAUCGUGAUGCUGAGGAUAUGGACAUGGGCUUUGGAACUAGUCGAUUUGAAGAUGAAGCCGACUUUGAUGAAUCUGACGUGAAGCUAUCAAAUUGGGCCAACGGCGAUGAAGAUGACGGCGAAGGUGGCUCAGGAAAGGCAAAACGGAAAAGAGGCGGCAAAAAGCGCAAGGGCGAUGUUAACAAUGCAGACGAUGUUAUGCGAAUCGUUGAACAGCGCAAAGCUGAAAAAUAG